GCCGUACAGAGCAUCUGCUUCCGGUUCAAGGUUCACGGGCUCCAAGCUGCGAGGUUCGUCCAGUUGUGUAGGUAUGAAUUGCGAUGGGAUCGUGCACCUUCUCCUCACAGCAGCUGAGAGAGCUGGCCAGAGAUGUCACCUCGUUCCUUUCCCAGUACAAACACAUCUCUGAUUCCUACAUCAUUGAGUUUUUCAGUGAAGAUUUGUGGGCGACACUCCCCCCUGGGUGGCAGGAAGCCCUUUGUGACCUUUCAGCUCCCCAGAUAGCUAACCUCUUGCUAGACAACAAUUUCACGGAAAGAUGUUACCCUUCUGUGUGGCCUCUGUCACUACUGGCAUUCCGUACUUCGGCACACAUUUUGGCUUUUUCUAGAAGGCCCCAAGAUCAAGGAGCACAGGAUGCAGGUUCCUUGCGGCCUGAGGAGUUCCACAAGAACAAUAGCCAAAGCUCGCUGCUGGGACAUAUUUUUCGCAAACAUGUGAAGCCUAAGAAGCAACACGAGAUCCGCAAACUAGGAGCAUUGGUAAAAACACUCUGUGAUAAAACUUGUUGCAAAACUGUGGUGGACGUGGGAUCUGGACAGGGCCAUUUGACCCGCUUCCUGUCUUUUGGGCUUGGCCUUUCAGUCACUGGGAUUGAAGCGGAUGCUGCUCUGGUUUCCAUGGCCAGAAAAUUUGAUGAACAGCUACUGAGUACUUUGAAAAAACAAAUUGAGAGGAAGGAUAAUACAACACGGCAUACCGUAGCUGCAACUGUCCCCUCACCCAAUCAUGUUAUCGGCUGGGUCAACCCUAGAGCAUCAUGGGAAGAAUUCAUCAAACAGCUAGAGAUGGGAGCGUGUGAGAGCAAGAGACAUACAGCUACUCUGAUGCACAAUAAAAACAAAGAACUGAAAUCAGCAUCAAAUGUAGAUCAGGACCUUUACCAUAUGAGCCAAACUUUGCCAUCAUCUCAGUCUCACUGCUUUAGUCAACAUGAGAUAGUCCACAAUGUGUCUUCAGAUCUAAAGGUUGAUCAUGACCGUCUGAUCACAGAUCCACAGUCAAAUUCUGUUGCUUUUCAGAACUGUCCAGAAUCGAAAUGCCUUGACUUGCCGUCUUCUCCUAAGAGGCAACGUGUGGUUGAGAGAGGGGAAGCUGUGAGUCAGAUGUUCAGACCUCUGGCUAUCUCCAGCUAUAGCAGUAGCUCGUGCAUGGAAAAAGACCGCAGUUGUUUGGAUGCAAUAGAGGAGGACAGGGAGUUCAGGACGGAAGGAUUCAUCCUGACAGGCCUUCAUGCUUGUGGAGACCUGAGUGCCACGCUCCUGCGGCACUUUGCCAGCUGCCCCCAUGUCCUGGGCAUCACAUCAGUGGCCUGCUGCCACAUGAAGAUUACCACCAAGGAAAACCCAACUCCUCCUGGAGUUCUUGUCCCUCCCUGCCCUACCCAUUCCUCUCGCUCAGAAUUCGGCUACCCAAUGAGCUCUUGGGUAAGAGGGUUGCCUGGGCACCAGCUGUCAUAUAAAGCGCGUGAGGGUGCUUGCCAUGCAAUAGAGGACUACGUCGAGAGGCUAAGGACAGAGAGCGGGGUGCUGAAGACACACUGCUAUCGGGCUGUUUUGGAGACCGUGAUCAGGGCGUGUCGACCUGAUUUGCGCAGGGCUGGCAUUCAGACCAUCAAGAAGGCCCAUCUUCUGCCCUUUUCAGAGUAUGCGCGACUGGGCCUGCCACGAGUGGGGCUGCCCUCUGACCUCCCACUGGACCACAGCAGGCUUGAUGCCAUGCUGCAGCAGAAGGGCCGUGUGGUUGUGUACUUCAGCCUUGUCCUGCUGUUGGCACCUGUCGUGGAGACUCUGGUGCUUUUGGACCGUAUGCUGUUCUUACAAGAGAGAGGUUUGCAAAGUCAGCUGGUGCCUCUCUUCGAUCCUGCAUUCUCACCGCGAAACCUGGUGUUGGUGGCAGUGAGGCCAGGGCACAGUGGCGUGGCCCAAAGUCCCACAGCAUAACAAAUAGCUGUGUUGAAGCACCGCGCUUGGGGUUCAGGUCCUGAAGCUUCGUGUGACUUCUGGAAAGCAGUUUACAGAUACUAUAGGACAGGAUCUGGGAGGAAAAACACCCAGUUCUCCUUAUUGCCACAUCAGUAUGCAGAACAUAAGUUCAUGGUUCAGGUGAAAUGACUGCUAAUCUAAUUGUUGUCAUUAGUUUUGUUUUUAACUCUCGUUUUUAUGGCACACAUCAAUAAGUACUAGAUUGUGGACAUAUCUCAUUGUUUCAGAUAUCAGUUUUAAAGCUGUUGUAAUUUCUAAAAAGAGCAAUGUAUUCUACAUUUCUCUAUACAAAGUUUAGUUAUAAGCUCACCAAACUGCUGUGUAUACAGUGCAUAAUACUCAUAUUAAAAUGAA